UUAUCCUGAAAGAAAUAGUAGAAUCAAAUAAAGAAAAUUCUGUAUCAGUAAUAGAACUAUCAGAAAAUUUAUUGCAACCAACUUCUGAACAUACUGAACCAACAACUACAACACCUCCACCUUCCCCUAAAGAUCUUUCCCUCAAAGAUCCUUCCCCUAAAGAUCCUUCCCCUAAAGAUCUUUCCCUCAAAGAUCCUUCCCCUAAAGAUCCUUUCCCCAAAGAUCCUCCCGAUUUGAUUUCAUUAUCUUAUCCAUCCAGUGGAACUGAUACUAAGACUGUAUAUACAUCAACAACAACACAAUCUUUACCCACAUUAAAACUUAAUGAAACUAAUAUAGCUGACGAACAUUCACCGACGAUGGAAAAUACUUUAAAAUUUUCUAAUGUUAUUUUAUAUGAAGAAGAAGAAAAUAAUAUGAUGUUUAAUGAUGUUGGUCCAAUUCUUAAUUCACCAGUUGAAGAAUUAAAUCAGAAUUCCUUAACAAAAUUAUAUAUUUUUAAUUUAUUAAAUUUUUAUUUUAUCAAAACUUUUAUUAGUACAUCGAUUUUGCCAAUAACAACUUUUUCUUAUGAAAUAGAAGGGGAGUUUGCUGUGAAUUUUGUUCUACAAGAUAUUUCACAAUUAGAACCAACGACCAAAGUAAUACUAGAUGGAGGAAAAUAUUCGGCUUUGAUCCUUAAAAAUGGAAAUUUUGUAAUAACUAAUGUUACGCAAGGUUCAUAUCUUUUAGAAGUUUUAUCAAGAAAGUACAUAUAUCCUAAGAUAAGAGUGGAUGUUGAUUCUAGAGGUGUUAGACCAUCUGUAACAAUUACAGGUAGCGAAUGGAACAAUUUGGGACCUUCUUUGCCUUAUCCUCUUGAAUUGUAUGCAAGAUCUACAGCAGAUUAUUUCAUGGUUACUAAUCCAUAUAUAAUUAUGAUGGGAAUUAGUGUUGUGUUUUUAAUAUUAAUGCCUAAAAUGAUGGCUGGUCUAGAAGCUUUACAGGAACUUCAACAAAAUCAGCCAACAAAUCCUCUUGAAAUACCAGAUAUAUCUUCCACUUUAGCAAACCUUUUAACUGGAAGCUCAAAUGAAAAAACAUCCAAUAAUAAAAGGAAUUGA